UUCGACGAUAAACAGUGUUUACGUGCAUUCCAUUCAUAUGGAAGUAAAUUCGUUCGAAAUUAGGUUCAAACAACAUUGUGAUAUCUUUUCUGAAUUAGGUAGUGAAACACUGCAGUGAUAAAUUCCAAAAAUGGCAAAUUUUGCUGAGUUACCGCGUUGCAGCUCAUCGUUCGUGGACAUUCAACGGUCAGGACUAGACAAGUGGCGAUCCACCAACCCGGAAGGAUCUGAUCAAACUCGGGACUCGGAGCGCAUUAACUUUAACGGAUUCGCGCUACCUUCAUUCUUGAACGGAUCUUCGACCGAUUCGGACGUGUCUCCGCUUUCGACUGUUCAAAAGUUGAUCAGACCUCUUGUGGAAAGCAUACCUUGUUCAAAAUCGACGGACGCGAACAUGAUCGGUACGGCUAAGGUGCUAUCGGGCGUGGAAGUUUCCAAAGAAAUUCGUGAUAAGUUGAAAAAAGAUGUGAGUGAUAUAAGGAAUAAAAUUCCUACUUUGGUGCCAGGAUUGGCCAUUGUACAAGUUGGCGGUCGGGAAGAUUCGAAUGUGUACAUCCGCAUGAAGAUUAAGGCUGCCGAAGAAAUUGGAAUAUACGCUGAGCACGUGCAACUACCGAAGUCAACUACGCAGGAUGAACUUCUGACAGUGAUCAAACGGCUCAAUGAGGAUCCUAACUUCCACGGUAUUAUCGUGCAGAUGCCACUAGAGUCGGACAAUCCAAUCGAUUCUCAUCUGAUCACCGAUGCUGUCUCGCCCGAGAAGGAUGUCGAUGGACUCAACACAGUCAAUGAAGGCCGUGUAGCUGUAGGGGAUUUGAAUGGGUUCCUCCCAUGUACCCCGAACGGAUGUAUGGAACUGAUCAAACGUUCCGGAAUCCCAAUCGCCGGAUCGCACGCAGUCAUCAUCGGACGUAGCAAAAUUGUUGGAACCCCAAUGGCCGAACUGCUCAAGUGGCACGAUGCUACCGUUACAGUUUGCCAUUCCAAGACGAAAAACAUCAACAUGACGAUCAAAAAAGCUGACAUCUUAGUGGUUGCCGUUGGAAAACCGGAAAUGGUUCGCGGAGCCUGGAUCAAACCGAGUGCUGUUGUUAUCGAUUGCGGUAUCAAUUCCAUUCCAGAUCCCACCAAGAAAAGCGGACAACGGUUGGUGGGGGAUGUGAAGUACGAUGAAGCCCUGGUGGUGGCAUCGUAUGUCACCCCAGUACCGGGCGGCGUUGGCCCGAUGACCGUGGCAAUGCUGAUGCAAAACACCGUUCAGUCUGCUCAGAGAGUCGCCAAGAGGCUAAUCGACAUGGAGUUCCGCUGGACGAUCAAGACGCUCCCGUUGAAACCGCUGGAUCAGGUGCCGAGUGACAUCGAAAUCGCUCGUUCGCAAACACCGAAGGAUAUAUCGCUGUUGGCAUCGGAAAUUGGAUUAAUUCCGUCGGAGGUUUCUUUGUAUGGCGAUAAAAAGGCCAAAGUUUCUCUGAAGGUGCUGGAUCGCUUGAAGAACGAAGAGAAUGGAAAAUACGUUGUAGUUGCUGGUAUUACGCCAACCCCAUUGGGUGAAGGUAAAAGCACCACCCUGGUUGGAUUGGUUCAAGCUCUCACUGCCCACAAGCAAUGCAAUUCCGUUGCUUGCCUUCGGCAACCUUCGCAGGGGCCAACGUUUGGCAUCAAGGGAGGAGCAGCUGGUGGUGGCUAUUCCCAGGUGAUUCCAAUGGAGGAUUUCAAUCUGCACUUGACCGGAGAUAUCCACGCCGUUACGGCUGCCAAUAAUCUACUGGCAGCCCAGUUGGACGCGAGGAUCUUCCAUGAAGCGACGCAAACCGAUCAGGCUUUGUAUGAAAGACUGGUUCCGGCGAUUAAAGGAUCGAGAAAGUUCUCCCCCAUUCAGUUGCGUAGGCUGAAGCGGUUGGGGAUCGAGAAGACUGAUCCGUACGCUUUGACUCCGGAGGAAAUUCGACGAUUUUCGCGACUGAACAUCGACCCGCAUAAUGUAGUGUGGACGCGAGUCUUGGACGUCAACGAUCGCUAUCUGCGUAAAAUCACCAUCGGGCUGUCCCCGACGGAGAAAAACAUGAUUCGGGACACCAGCUUUUCGAUUUCCGUGUCAAGCGAGAUCAUGGCGAUUCUUGCCCUGGCCACCAGCCUGGAAGACAUGAAGCAACGCCUGGCCAAGAUGGUGGUCGCUUUCGAUCGUGCUGGAACUCCUGUUACGGCGGAUGAUCUGGGUGUGACCGGUGCCAUGCUGGUACUGCUCAAGGACGCCAUUGAGCCUACCUUGAUGCAGACAUUGGAAGGCACGCCAGUAAUGGUUCAUGCUGGGCCCUUUGCAAACAUCGCCCACGGUUGUUCGUCAAUUGUCGCGGAUGAUAUCGCGCUGAAGUUGGUAGGAAAGACGGGCUUCGUGGUAACCGAAGCUGGAUUUGGAUCGGACAUUGGCAUGGAAAAGUUCUUCAAUAUUAAGUGUCGUGCUUCUGGCAAGGUACCCAAUGCCGUUGUUUUGGUGAUGACGGUUCGAGCCCUUAAAAUGCACGGCGGUGGCCCUCCAGUCAUUUCCGGAGCGCCCCUCCGUAAGGAAUACACGAUGGAAAAUUUGGAGUUGGUAGAAAAGGGUUUGCCAAACCUGCUGAAGCACAUUGAGAACGGGUUGAAGUACGGAGUUCCAGUUGUGGUUGCUAUUAAUGCUCACUCUAGCGACACGAAGGCUGAGCAUGAUCUGGUCAAGAAGGCCUGCAAACAAGCCGGAGCCUUAGCCGCUGUCGUAUCCAACCAUUGGGCAUUGGGCGGCGCAGGAGCGGCUGACUUGGCCCAAGCAGUCAUCGAUGCUUGUAAAACUAAAUCUGACUUCAAACUGUUGUACGAGCUGGACUUGACGAUCGAGGAAAAAAUCCUCAAAAUUGCCAAAGAAAUGUACGGAGCUGGAACAAUUGAGCUAACGCCAAAGGUUAAGGACGCUAUCAGGCUGUAUACUGAGAAGGGAUUUGGCAAUCUGCCAAUUUGCAUGGCGAAGACGGCCAUGUCUCUGACCGGUGAUCCCAGUGCCAAAAACGCCCCAAAGGAUUUCAAGUUGGUCAUCAACGAUAUUUGCCUGUCGGCCGGUGCUGGUUUCAUCGUUCCGAUGUGUGGAGAGAUCACCAAAAUGCCUGGUCUUCCCACUAGACCUUCGAUCUUCGAUAUCGACUUGAACACCGAAACGGGCGAAAUUGAAGGUCUCUUCUAAACUAUUUCGUGUGCUUCAUGUAAUGACUAAGAAACGAUGAUAUCAUCCGCUAUAACAUCAAUACCAAAAGCGGGGCGGGGCUUUUAAUUUCAAUCUCUCUGUUUUCUCCUGAUAGUUUUUUCAUCAUAAACAUUAUACAUAAGUAUCACAAAGGACACACUUUUGAGCUUAAUAGACAAAACAUGUAGGUUGCUUGUAAGUUUGUCUAAUAAAACUGCUUACCUUUUUACGGAA